AUGCCUCCUAUCCUCACGAGUAUGUUCUUACCCUCCACACGAGUAAGCCUCCUAUCCUCCACACGAGUAUGCCUCCUCCUCCUCACGAGUAUGCCUCCUAUCCUCCUCACGAGUAUGCCCCCUAUCCUCCACACGAGUAUGCCUCCUAUCCUCCACAUGAGUAUACCUCCUAUCCUCCUUACGAGUAUGUUCAUAUCCUCCACACGAGUAUGCCUCCUAUCCUCACGAGCAUGUUCAUAUCCUCCACAUGAGUAUACCUCCUAUCCUCCUCACGAGUAUAUUCAUAUCCUCCACACGAGUAUGCCUCCUAUCAUCCACACGAGUAUCCCUCCUACCCUCACGAGUAUGUUCUUACCCUCCACACGAUAUGCCUCCUAUCAUCCUCACGAGUAUGCCUCCUAUCCUCCACACGAGGAUGCCUCCUAUCCUCCUCACGAGUAUGCCUCCUCUCCUCACGAGUAUGUUCUUACCCUCCACACGAGUAAGCCUCCUAUCCUCCACACGAGUAUGCCUCCUAUCCCCCUCAGGAGUAUGCCUCCUAUCCUCCACACGAGUAUGCCUCCCAUCCUCACGAGUAUGUUCAUAUCCUCCACAUGA